GGACAAACUUUUUUCGAAUUUUAAAGUUCUGUUUUUCUUCUUUUUGAUUAGGAAACUGUUCAAAUUGGGCUCUGUCUGAUCCUUCCCACUUGUCUACUUCCUACCUAUUCCUCCCCCUCCAGUCCGGGUACUGGGCCAGUCCAUCAGAUUGACCCUCGGGUGACUCUUCCGACUGCGGGCAAAGCAAUGCAUGACACUGCUCACUCGAUCACAGACCAAGGCCAUGGACCGGAAGGCGGGAAAAUCCCUCCUGGCCUAUAAGGAACGCCUGGCGGCAUUCAUUCAGGAGGCCAACGAUAGGGCCGCCGUCGCGGCCAAGGAACGUAAUCGGCUCGAACAAGAGGACGAGGCCAAGCCACAGAGGGAGGAACAAGACCGACUUCGUCAAGAAGAGGCAGACCUGCAGGCGGCAGCCGAACACCGGUCACGCCAGCGGGAACGACUGUUCACGCGGGAGACCGUGAUCGGCUAUGAGGCCGCACAUUGGGUGGAAGUGACAUCUGGAGACGGGGCCCCGGAGACUGAGAAAGGGUUGUCAGCCCUUACGAAGGUCUCCCACGACCUCGUGGCCACCUGCGCUCUGCAGCAGCAGGAAAUCCUUCACCUGCAGCAGACAGUGGACCAGAUGCUCGCACGGCUGCAGGCGUUGGAGAAACAGUCAGCUGUUGUAGCAACCGCAGGGCCUUCCACCCUUACCACCCGUGUGCAAGUUUUGGAGGAUGACGUCAGCAACAUCAAGCGUAGCACACCUCAGCCUGCGAGUGGCGGUGCUGUGGACCUGGCGGCAAGUGAGCGGCUCCAUGCUGCUGCCAUUGAGAUUCAGCGCCAUGUGUCAGGUCUACUGGCUCGGAAGGAGGCCAAGCUAUUACAAGCCGUGAAGGCUCUCAAGGCAUCAGAAGUGGGGCUAAGGGAAGCACAAGAGGGACUCCUUCAAAUAUUAGCAGCCAAAUCUGGUCAAGAUUAAGGAUUUUAAUUUAGGGCCUCUCCACAGCACUCCCCGCUCCCCAACCUUUUUUUUUUUUUUUUUUUUUGCUGGUUAGAGCAGGCACCACUAGCAGUCCCGGGCAGGCUCCAACAUCCUUUUUGUUGUCUUUUGUUUUGUAAGGAAAAGUCGUCCUCAUUCAGGCUACUAGGUCAGUUGGCAUUCCAGCUCAAGAGCGCAGGUAUCAACCCGCCUCACCUCACCUCAGGGAUAUCGGCGAGCAACGGUAGCCCGAACCGGCAAACCUUUACGC